AUGACCACAGCUACGCAGCAACAGCAGCACCCACCACCACAACCUCAUCUUGGUUUCAUUGUCGACACAUACGAUCCAGAUGAUGUGGUUCCUCGAGGGAGUCCCCUCAUGGCCCCGCUUCGUCCCAAGCUAGAGCCGUCUCCAAGUCCUCCUCCAGACAUACCUGCAACUCAAGUCAGUCUUAGUGCUUCCUGUAUCGGCGGUCGCGGCAAGUCUAAUCGCCACAAGGUUCGUCCAACUUCUGGGGACGCCGUCUUAGUCGCUUAUCUCGACAAUGGACGUGACCCUGAAAUCGCUCGCGCAGCCGGUCGCGAAAGUCUUCCAUGCGAUGAAGAAUCGCCUGACGAAGAAGCUCAAGAUAGGCCCGUAAAUGGGAAUGUCAUGAGCGAGCCGUCGCUUCAGCACCUCGCCGCAGGCGCAUUAAAAGCUGCUUCAAUAGCUACGGCGCCAUCCACCCUCGUAGCCACGGUGCCCAAAACGAUACCUGACAUAUCGAUACCAACCGGUCAGCUUUCAAUUCAUGACGACCCUCCAGUUACUAGCCUACCUACAUCGCGAUAUGUUUCCACCAACAGAGUCACAUCACCACUAAUCCAUUCACCCAGCGGACCCUUGCCACCACUACAUGGAGUUCGUGCGCCAGUCGGCGAAUCCAAGGAGGCGCUGCCCUCACAGUCUCUUCCAUCUCUGCGUUCCACUUUUGGAGAGAUCAGAGAUCUGGCGCCCGAACAUUUGUCUGAACAGGAACUCGGGCGUGUUCCUUCAGGGCCAUCCUCGACUUUCCCUGCCUCGCCGGCUGGAAACAUUGGGCAUCGCUUCAGUAACACUUUCUCCUCAUUCUGCUCCAAAAUACAGUAG